AUGUUUUGUGUCUGGGGCUUAUGCUCUGGGCCAGCAGCUCCAUCGUUUUGGUCUUGUACAGGCACAAACAGUGGGUACAAUACAUCUGUAGGAACAAUCUCUACCCCAUCUCUUCUCCUGAGAACAGAGCCAUCCAAAGCAUCCUUGCAUUGCGGACUCACAACUGAGUCACGGAUAGACUCUAGUUUCAGUUCAUGAAGAGCAAAUUAUGAUUCUGUAAAACACCCCCGAGAACGCUUAAAAGUUAACAUGACGUAGCGGGCCACAGGGAGCAUCUGGGAUGUGCAACAUGCCACAGCAUUUUCUCUUCUCCUUCAGGACACCAGGGAAAGAGAAUCCCUCUGGCAGGACCAGCAGUGAUGGACCCCAACACUCUCUCCAUGGAACAGGGGAGGCAGUUCUUAAAGCAGUGUGGGAUCCCACAAAGAGAUAUUGACUUGAUGACAGAGAAAUGGGUUGUUCUUGCCUCUGUGGAGGUUCUUCUGCGAUUUCCUCUGAAGCCAGGAGAGGAUCCGACAGCCCGCUGUGUCUUGAAUAAGAAAUGCCGGCCUUCAGUGGAUCGGCCCCCCACAAUUUCACAGAGACCUGGAUACCAAGAUGAGAGGAAAUCCAACCAUCAUUUAAUGAAGAAGACUGAUCAGAAGCUCAAGGACCUGCCACAGAUGGCCGGUCAUUACGUCCACCAUCGGGCUCAGUGGCCCCCCAGAGCCAAGAACCCACAGGAGCAGCAGAGGAGACCCAUGGGGCAGAUGACUCCCUCAGCAGAGGAGGAGGAAUCCAGGGUGAAAUGCAAGAACUGCGGGGCCUUUGGGCACUCAGCCAGGAGCAAGACCUGCCCCAUUAAGAGGUGCAGUGGGGCCCUUCCUCUGCAGCCCCUGGGCUCACACAAGGAGAAGGAGAACCUGAAACCAGCAAAGGCCCAGCUACCCCAGGCUCCAGGGCCCUUUAUGAGGAAUGACAGAGAAAAGGAGCGAAAUCCAAGUCCCCAGCAGCAGCAGAGCAAAGCUCCGACGCAGACAUUUCCCAGAACUGCCCAAGAGAAGACGCAGGAAGCCUGGAAGGAGCCAGCAGAAGACUGUUUGUUCCUGAGGCAUCCUACCAUGCCACUGCCUGUCCACACCACCAAGAAGAGAUCUGUCCUGGGCCCUGUGUCCACAGCUCCCCCGUCUGUCAACAAACCCGAGAUGAGAUUACUCUGCCCUUCGGGUCACAAUGAUCGACCUCAACUGAGCACCUGUGGACCCAUCAACGGACAUGGCGGGGACGUUACUGCCUCCCUGCUCCCUGUUCUGAAGAGCUCCCGCCAGACCCCCACUCUCAGUGCCAGGCUGCCAGCCAACAGGCCCGACGUGUCCUCCCACGGUGCUCUCCAGCCUGCCAUGCAGGCAUUUGCCCCGGGCCCUGCCCUUAAAUCCCAGGCAGAAAUCAAACAUCCCCAUGCAGAUGCAAAGCCCAGACCACAGCAAGUCAGACAAAAGUGUGGCCAGGACUCCAGAACCCAGGCACCAGGCAAGCAGCCUGCCCCCGUCCCCACCCAGACUUUCCAGAACCCCGCAAAGAAAGCAAGACUCAGCUCCUUCCCGACCCCCGCCCUGGGAACUCAGCCUCCCUGCACUGCAACUGGACUUGGAUCCAAACAGGCCCCCAAGGCGACUGCAGAGACAGCAGCCACCAAGACCGCAACCCUGCAGCCCACAUCCUGUCCUCCUGAAAACUCUGCUUCCGCUCAGAGCCCUCACUUCUCAAGGGAGCCUGAGGGGCGGGGUCCCCAGGUCUCAAUGAGUGUCCUCUAUGAGGACCUUCUGAUCUCUUCCUCCUCUGAGGACAGUGACAGUGACUGAGGCCCCCAAGGCAAGAAGACCCAGCUUCAAGCCCAUGUGACUUGGAAGUGGCUGAAAGGCUGAGAAAGGGAGAGGCAGGAAGUAGCCCUGUGUGGGGUCAGCCCUUCCCUGGCAGCGGUGCCUGUUCAAACGUGAACCCCAGAUACUAUCGGGGAUCAACGAACCCUGCCUAUUUACAUUAUAUAAAUUUAACCUGUAUUAAAAUGGGGCUUUUGAAAGUGUC